UCGUCCCCGGGGCGCGCUUCCAAGGCAAGGCGGCUGCUUCGAAACGGCGAGGAUGGUCCCUCCGGCCCGGGCGCUGUGCGUGGCGCUCCUCUGCUUGCAGGCGGUCGCGGCGGCGGAGCCAGCUGACAUCAGUCUCCCCCCUGAAGACCAGGACUCAUCUGGAGACGAUUAUGACGCUUUCUCCGGCUCCGGUUCGUUGCCAGACCAUCCUGUGGCUGUUUGGGACGUCACAAGUACCUCUUUGAUGCCAGAACUGUCUACUGCCUUUGGAGAUAAUCAGCCUGAGAUUCAGAAAACAGAAGACUCUACAGAAGACCACACAACUGUAGCAGGAUCCACCACUACAAGCCCCUCUAUGUUCCACGUUUUAGGUAUGGCGCCUGGCGAGCCCAGAGCUCCUGUUGAAGAGGAUGCCCUGGACUCGCUUUCUAAGCAAGGAACGCAGUCCGCAGUUGUAACGACAGGGUUCCCGGUCACUCGCCAUGUUUCUACUGUCAGACUCACAACCUCGCAAGCUUCUAGCACGUUAAAAGUUGGUGAGCCUGAAGUCUACCAUAAUAUUCAUCACAUAUUGACCCCGGAGGAAAAAAUACCUGCUUCUGCGGUUGUGCCACCUAGCGAGAGAAGUCCAGAUAUUAUCAGUUCCACUACAGGGUCCUCUGCUGUCCAGAAGGAUCUCUCUUCUCCACCUGAAGGAGAAAUUACACAGACUGAAGAGAGUUCUGGUGAUCCGGGAGAUUUCGUGUUUCCUCGACAUGGUGAAAAAGAAGCUGAAAUAGACAAAACGGGAGUGGGUAUAGGAGUGAAGGACGAAAAGUCUGCAGGAGCCCCACAGGGAAUAAUGGACAGGAAAGAAGUCCUUGGAGGGGUCAUUGCUGGUGGACUCGUGGGCUUAUUGUUUGCUGGAUUCCUCGUUGGGUUCAUGCUGUACAGAAUGAAGAAAAAAGAUGAAGGAAGCUAUUCGUUGGAUGAGCCAAAACAGUCAAAUGGAGGCUAUCAAAAACCACACAAACAAGAAGAAUUCUAUGCAUGAAAAAGCUGGACUUGAAAUACAGUUUUCUUCUGUCUCUGGACAUCCUGAGUUCUCGCUGCAUUUUAAAGGGGGGGAGGAAAAAAAACUAAAAGCCAUAAGACUGAAUUUAAGCCUUGUGCCUCCUUGACAUUUGGAACUACUGCUACUCUAUUUUUUCCAAAGUCAUUCUGGAUGAAUAAAACCCUUACCUGCCUUCUUGCACAAAGAUUCCCUGUCAUGUGGGAACUCUGUCUUGUCUAAGGACUCCUGGGGGAAGAUAAGGAACUGAUUGUAUAUAGUCUUGACGUCUUAGGAAAGCGCCAAGGAAUUAAUGAGGUACAAUAUGUGUAUACUUAUGACAAUUCCCCCUCCCUCACCCCUCGGCAACAUUUACUGGUCACAAGUGAGUGCUUUAGAAAAUGUUCUUUUUUUAAAAAAAAAAAGGCUAUUAACAUGAUGUUUAACAGGUUUUCUCUUUUCCAGGGAUAAAACUAAGUCACCCUAUUGCAGUUGAAAGAGGGGAGUGGUGUUAAGAAGGAAGGGUCUCUCUGAAACUUAAAGGCUUGUCUAAAGUGGUGGAGUUCUUAAACCGUGGCCUUUGCCAGAUUAGGUGCGAUUCCUGUAGAAUUCAAUAGGAUAAUUUUUUAUAUAUAUACACUGUGCUUCAAAGUCGGAAGCAAUGUAAGAGAAUGACACUUGAGGUGCGGGUAUUAUUUGAGAUGGGUGUACUUCUCUAGUUCUUCUGACCCUGGUGUUAACCCCCUGUUCAUUCACUGUGCAAAAAAAUCCCCUUAGCAGCUCAUGGGCCACCACUUGUUAUCUACCUCUUCUGCAUUUCCUGAUAGCAGCAACUUUACUGGAUUUGCAAGCCCUGACUUUACCGCAUGGUACUUAGAAUGCUGGGGUGUGGCAUGCAACGUACAGGACUGAGCAUGCUAUGGGUAACGAAAACCGCCUGAUGCUGCCAAGUCCCAGGGACUAGAAUCACAUUAGACAGGCAUUUGUAGUAGGAAUUCAGGGAGCAUCGGCUCGGCAUACAGAGCCGGGGGUGGGUGGGGGGUGGGGUGAUGUUUGAGCAUCUGUUCUGUACAUGGCUGACUUUUAUCUCAGUCCAACUUGUGUUCGAACGCUAACUGAGUUUGAAGAUCAAAUGUCUUCAGAAGCUGCUCUGUGUAGAAGAGGGAGUUAAUGAUGGAUCGUGUGCCUUCAUCUCCUUUGUGUGUCCAAAAUGUAACAUAGGGGUCUUGUUGGGUUUGUGUAUCUGUGGGACCAAAUCAGUGAAUCUCAGCACUUCGAAAGCAGUAUUUAAAUGUGUUUUAAGUACAUUGUGUGUGGAGCAGUGGAGAAGCUCUCUUGAAAAACAGUUUGCUGGUGUAGAAUAAUUAGUGCAGAUGUAUGAUUUCUGUAAUGUACAGGAUGACAUGGAUGUUAAAUAUACUAAAAAAGUGUUCUGUAAAGGCUUUGGAGUUUGUUUUUUUAAAAGAAUAGCACACUCAUCCACCUUUUAGGCUUCUCUUCAUUUCACCAUGUACACUUGUUGGCUUGCAAGAUGCUCCCUGUUCCUAGUGAAAGUGUAGGCAAAAAAUUGAGUUGACAAUAGUGCACUGUAUGCAAGUGUAUAGUCCUAAACUUUUUUUGGGGUGGGGGUGGGGGGAAGAGAGAAAUCUUUCAGAUAAAGCAGUAUCAUGAGCUGCCAACCACACUGUUGGUGCCUUCCCUAUUUCUCCUGGCGGAAAAAGCUCCUGAUGGUUACACUACUGGAUUAAACACCUUUUCAGCCUGUGAAGCCUGGCUUGUCCUCCCUUGACCUGCAUUCAACACAUAGCGACUAUAUGUAACUGCCUUUUUUACAGUGAGGUUUUAAGUGGUGGUAUGUCCUUUUUAUGUAUGAAAACAUUGUUCUUGCCCUCAGAGCCUCACUUCUGUUUGGCAAGAUCAAUAAAAUUGUGCUUCUGUGUUUUGUUUCUUUUAAUGGUCAAGCAGAAACUGGAAUCCUGUAACUCUGAAUAGUGCAAAUUUAACUUCUAAUUUCCAAGUGCAAGUACUUCAAUUGGGAUUUUUGUAUUUCAUAAACCAUACACAUGCAAUAAAAAGGUGGCCUGCCAAAA